UCUCGGCUCUCUCGGCUACCGCUGCUCUCGGCUCUCGGGCUCGCCACUUUCGGCUCUUGCCGCUCAGAACUCCCGUCUCUUGCCCGAGCGAGCUGAGCACCCGGCUAAGCUCAUGAAAGAGAAAGGAAACAGAGAGGAGGAAGAAGCACAUACCUUCUAGACAUUAGUGAAUAAGAUACUUAGCAACCUCUGCUGCAGGGUGCGGAGGAUCUGAGAUCAGGACAAAAUGGUUCUCCUUUCUGACUUGCUGACUAUACAUUUGUUGCUGCUUGCUCUGUCCAGCUCCUGGGCCGCAGCUGCCCGUUUACACCUCCAGAAAGCCUGUGCCUCCUGUAGGGAGCAUGCAGAGUCCAACAGAGGUCCCCGAGACCAGGCAGGGGAGGUCAGCACAACAGUCCUGGCCCUAGGCGAGCCAUGUGGAGUCUACACCCUGAGCUGUGCCAAGGGGCUGCGCUGUAUGCCAUCACCUGAUGAGGACAGUCCCCUCCAGGCUCUGCUGCAGGGCAGGGGCAUCUGCACCAAGGCCAGCAGGACCAUCCACGUGGAGAAGCCCCAUCCUACAGGUGCGCAACCAUCACACAGCAGUGAGCUGGAAAGGGCUCCCUGCCGUAAGCUGCUGAACGCUGUUUUGCAGCGUCUCGAGCUCACCAUCUUCUCAUCCAACAGUGACAUCUACAUCCCAAACUGUGACACACGGGGCUUUUACAGGAGGAAGCAGUGCAGAUCAUCCAAGGGCAUGCAGAGAGGCCACUGCUGGUGUGUGGACGAAUACGGCGUUCCGAUGCCAUCGCGCACUGGAGAGGAUGGCGCAUUGCAAUGUGAUGGCGAGUGAGGGGCAUUCUCCAUCACACCAUGAACCCAGAGAGGUGAGAGGAGGCGGAGGAGGAGGAGGAGGAGGAAGAGGAGGAGGAGGAAGGUUGGGGGGCUGGAAGAAAAGCCUUAGUGACAACUGCCAGACCAGAAGAUGCCAGGGAUCUAAUGUUUGUUUCCUUUCUUUCGACAAAAGCUAAAGAAUUCUGCCAUGAAUAACUCCGAGACCAAACCUUGUCGGUGUGCUUUCCAUUCUUUAUAUAAUAUUGUAGAGACGAUGCCGGGGAGACACAAGUACCAAUUAUUAGGAGUAUUUCUCAGCUAUUGAUAAAGAAAUGGAUUUGAUUGCAACGCAUGACAGAAUGGUCUACAAAUGGUUCAGCUGGCAUGAUACAAUUGCAAUUGGAUUUUUAAUACUGCACCAAAUAUUGUACCGAAUCGUCUCAGUGGUUUUUCCAUACGUAGCCUUGGGACGGGACAUUACAGGUUAAAUUCAUACGAGAAUUAUGCUGGUAAAUUUCAGCAGCUUUAUGGCUCCCAUUGUUUCUGCGUCAUCAUAUGUAACUUAAUGUGGAAAAUGAUGGAGACCUGAGCAAAUGGUCAUAGGGAGAGCGGGAGCUGAAGAAAUAUCAACACCAAACUCAGGAGAAAAGGAAGUGACGUCAGGAGAUCAAUUUAGGUUUGUUCUGCCCUCUACUGGUGUCUUUUUACUCAGUCGAUAUAUGUGCUCUUGACUUUAACAUGAAAACAUUUCGUUUUUACCUUUACAUUUUGCUUGAGGAUUUUGACUGUAUCAGCAAUAGCAUAUUUAUUUUUUCCUUCAAAAACACAGCUCCUCAUGGACUUUCUGGGGGGACGUGGGCCAGUAGUUGUUAUCCUGUGAUUUGUACAGUACGGUUACGCGUUAUUCUGACAGUGUCAUCGCUGUUCUCGGAAGGAUGACAAACAGAACCGCAAACUGUUUUUUAUUUUUUUUGUGUGUUUUUAUUGGAACACAAAUUUGCUUCUGGUAAUGAAAGAGAGCUCUUAUUAAAACCAGAGGGACCCCCAAGGACAGCCAUCAUCCAGAUUGCGGACAGGCCCAUUACAGACUUGCAGUGUCUCAAAUUCAUUUCAUUCCAGGUUAUUUCUUGAUAAAGCACUCUUCCUAAAAAAGUGACACGGAGCACUAAUGAACCAAACACACACAGUGACACCUUUGUUUCUAUAUAAUAGCUUCACUUCGUCUUUAAUGUCCGAACCUAAUUUGACCCACAGCUCUCUUGACCAGUUCCCCUCCCUCCAUUAUACAGUAAUAACAGUAAAUAUAAUACAAUUAAAAUGAUUAAUUUUCUACUCUGCUUAACUUGGAGGGAAGAUUCACAAGGGCAUAUUUUAACUGCAUACUUAUUUCAACAGUAUAUAAAGUAUUUAACAAUGUACGUAUUCAUUAAGAGAUGUUUUCUCCGUUAGCCGAUUUUUGUGAUGAUUUUUGAAUGUCAACAACAGAGAAGUCGAUACUGCUAGCCUUAAUGAAAUGUUUAAGCAUAUUUUUUUAUAAACUUUUGUAAACAUGAAUUAACUAUGAUUUAAUAUUUAAUGAACUGCUGUGUAUUUAACAAUGCCUUCUCCGCUUUAUUUAAAACGCUUACUGGCAUCUUAUUGGGGAAACAAAAACGGUUUGAACUGCAUCCCAAAACUCUGCCUGCUGUACUUAUUAGUAUUCUGUUAAUUAUUGUUUAAUUUAUAUCAUGUUAAUUUAAUAUUAAUAUGUCAAAUGUCCAUGUAUUUCAGAU